CAGCGUGGGAACCACCUCCGCGAGAGAGAGCCCUCGGGAGCACAGCGGCAUUGCGGCGCGCGAGCACCACCCACCUCGGCGGCGGCGGCGGCGGUUGCGCGAAGUGAGAAACCGAGGAGAGGGGAAGGAAAGAGAGAGAAGAUGCCUCGGCCGGAGGUGCAGGCGCCGCCGGACGUGUUCUACAACGAGGCGGAGGCCCGCAAGUACACGACCUCCUCCCGUAUCAUCGAAAUCCAGGCGAGGAUUUCCGAGAGGGCGCUGGAGUUGCUUGCUCUCCCCAACGAUGGCGUCCCCAAGCUGCUUCUCGACAUAGGAUGCGGCUCUGGACUUAGUGGUGAGACAUUGACAGAGGAUGGACACCACUGGAUUGGCUAUGAUAUUUCAAAGUCGAUGCUCGAUGUUGCCUUGGAGCGUGAAACAGAGGGCGACCUCCUACUUGCAGACAUGGGCCAGGGCUUGGGCUUGCGACCAGGAGUAAUUGACGGUGCAAUUAGUAUUUCAGCAGUUCAGUGGUUAUGCAAUGCUGACAAGUCUUCUCACGAUCCAAGAUUGCGGUUAAAGGCUUUCUUUGGAUCAUUAUACAGAUGCCUAGCAAGAGGAGCAAGAGCUGUUCUACAAUUUUAUGCUGAUAAUGUGAAGCAGAGUGAAAUGAUUGUGACUUAUGCCAUGCGUGCUGGUUUUGCUGGUGGAGUGGUCGUUGACUGGCCUCAUAGUUCAAAAGCGAAGAAGUCCUACCUUGUCCUCACUUGUGGCCUGCCGUCUCUUCAAACAUCGCUUCCAAAGGGUAAAGGUGAAGAUGGUGAGAUGUGCAGUGAUGAUGAUGACGAGAGCAAUGAUGAAGAUGGUGACCGAACAGUCGGCAUAUACGAAAGAAAUAGGCCAAAGAAGAGGCAAAAGACGAAAAAGAACAGCAAAGGUAAGGAUUGGCUCUUGAGGAAAAAGGAGCAGCUGCGAAGAAGAGGACAUGAUGUACCCGCAGACACAAAGUACACAGGGAGGAAGCGGAAAACCCACUUCUAACUCUGAUUCUGUGGGAUGCCAAUGCCAGGCCGUACUUGUUAUGCAGUUAUGCUGGUUUUUUAGUUGUACUGGUGGUUCAUUAGAAGCAGCAUGAAGGUUCUAUAAGAGUGAGGAAUGAGUUUCCGGUGUACACCGUAGUGCUAUUCCAAAGUUGUACCGCUGUCUAGCAGUUUUGACGAUGUUGUGAUAAAUUAUGUCAGUUUUGUAGAACAUUUGUUGAGGAUAGAUAUCAAAAUAUGGCUCGUUGUUUGCAUG